UCCUGCACAAGGCUGGAGACCUGAACCCGCAGCGACACAUGGACCCUGCUGGGGCCGGGGCCGAGUUCCCCAUCCCCAGCGUGGGCCGGCAGCACGGAGGGAGCUACAGCUGCAGCUACCGGCCCCGGUCAGAGCCCUUCGUCUCCUCGCAGCCCAGCGACCCCAUGCAGCUGGCGGUAGCAGGGGGAACCGACCCGACCCAGCCUGGAGCAGCGCCGACUCCCACCCACCCGGGCAGCGUGGGGCCAGCAGCCCCCCCGGGGCGCCCGGAUUUCACCCACGCCAACAUCGCCCGCCUGGCGCUGGGCGCCACGGUCCUGCUCGUCCUGGGGCUGAUCCUGGCCGAGGCCUGUUACAGCCGCCCGAGGGAGGCGCCCUAGCUGAGGUGACCCCUUUGUCGCUCGCCUCUGGAUCCUUUUUCCAGUGUCUCCACCUCCUUUCUGUGGAGCGGGGACCAGAACUGGACACAGCUCCCGGCCUGCCCAGCGCCGAGCAGAGCGGUUCUCACUGCCCGGGACGUGCGCGCUGCACCUCUGGUAGUGCAGCCGCACGUUGCAUUUGCUUUUGUCUUGCACCGGCAUCGCGUCACUGACUCACGUCGAGGGUGCGAUGAUCCACCACAGCUCCCCGCUCCGUGCCAGCAGCGCUGCUGCCAACCCGGCUACCCCCAUCCUGCGUUUGUGCAUUUGGUUUUUCUUCCCUUAGUGCAGCACCUCCAUUGACUUUCGAACAGCUUGGAAAAGAGACGACUAAGGGGGGAUACGAUGGAGGUGUUACCGAAAUAUCGGGUCUGCCUAGCUGAGAGCCAAUAACAGCCUGACAGGGAUAAGGAAAAGAUGCUUUAUUCUGCAGAAGAGAGGAGAGCUCUGUAUCAAGAUAGAAAAACUCUGCUGCACACA